CGUGACGUGUGCACGUGGCCUGGCCUGUUGGUGGUUUUUUCGGUACGGUUUUGUCAGUUCAUGUUUUCUAAAUUUUAGGCAUUUACGCGACCGAGCGAUACUGUCAAGUGUACCUUUGCCCAGUUUGGAUGUAAGCAACAAUGGCUUAUUUCAGAGAAGCAUCACCAUACAGACCUGCAUAUUUCUCCAAGCACGAGUCGGAUCUGUACGACCUAGAAGACGUGGAGAAAAUUUCGGGUGAGCACUCCGAAGUUCUAGAAGUCGGUGACAAGUGGGCGGUGGUCAGUGUAGCCGACUACAGCAGAGCCAUGGUCUUCAAGGGAGCGCUCCGUCGCGGCAACCUGGCUCCGAUCCGUAAGAUGGGCGACUACCUGCGGCCAGGGUUCAACGUCAUCAUUGAAGUCAGACGCCUGAAGAGGGGCGAUAUUGAGCCCCGAAGACAUGGAUGUGGCUGGGUGGUGACCAAGAUCACCAGAGAAGAGCUGAUGGUCUCACCGGCGUAUUACAGAGAUGCAGCCAACUUGUUCGACUUCAUGGGUACUAAGGGAAAGAGGCGGGGCCAAGCAAGACCAAGGGAGGUUGACGGGCUGGGAGCGUUCACGGGAGAGGCGGUUCAACUAAUCCGUAGCUUCCUGACAAGCUGGAAUGGCAUCUCCUUGUCGGGUAUCAUGGACAAUCUCAGUGAUGCACAUCCCGUCAUAAAGGACCGCCUGGACUGCGUGGAGGAUCUCAGUGAUUUCUUGGAGGGUCAGCCGCGUUUCUUUACCGUAACAUCUCAGGGAUUCGUUUAUCUUAACGGCGGGCACGAAGCCAACUGCGUUCAAGAAGAGAUCAAGAGCAGGCUACCUAGACUUGAUGUUGGCAUCUUCGGAGACGAAGCUGUCAUCAUACGCAAGCCCUGGCGCGUAGGCGGCGUGAUUAAACCUAUCAUACGAGAUGAGGAAACCAGAGUGGUUGCAUUUGACACCGAAAGAGCUUCUAACGGCGAUUGUGAGUACCUUUCCACUGUCCAAAUUGCCAUCAUUGAUGCCGUCUGCCCGCAAGCAUACAUAUUUGAUGUCAUUGACUGGUCCGAUCGGGACUUCAAAACCAGCAAACUGAAGCAUCUUUUGGAGAGCAAGCGUGUGUUGAAGGUUGUGCAUGACUGCAGGGGUGAUAGUGCCGCACUAGAGAACUACGGCAUCGAACUGACGAAUGUCUUUGAUACCGCAGUUGCCUACACCACCAUUAUGGAGCAGUCCAACGUCCGCUACACCCCUCCUCCUAACUUCACCCAGCUCUGCAAUGUCUUCGGCCGCUUCACUCCGCAGAGAAACUCCAAGAACGUCUACCAGGGCAAUCGCAACUUCUGGGCCAGUCGACCUUUGACCGACAACAUGAUUGAUCAUGCUGCCAGCGACGUGAUGGGGCUGGCCACCAACGUCUACGAUAACAUGACCAGCUUCAUGAAUCCGGCAUGGAAAUCCAGAUUUAAUGCACUAUGCACCAAGAGCCUUGGCCAUUGAACAACUCUAGAGGGCGCCCUAGUCUGACAGUUGCCGGAGCCAUGGAAAGAGAAGCAAUAACAGGAUUAUUAACAAAUUCAAAAUGUUUACAAUGCUGUAUUCACACUAGAUCGAGCCAUUAUGCUCUGCCUAUUACGCACAUUGCCAACAACACCUCUCCAGUUCCUCAAUGCAUAAUACAUGUUCAACUAGCAUGCGUCAUAAUGCGAGUGCAUUUAUGUCUGACUGGUGUCGGACAUUAAUUAACUCUAACCUCUGGGCAUUUUUGCUAAGAUGCAACCUGCAAAAUCCUCCAACUGCCUCCAUGUAAAAAUUGCAGACAGCGUCAAUCCUGCAAAAUCCUCCGGCAAUCACU